AUGCUCCGUCACCACCCACAACGACCACUCCAGGAAGGAGCAAAGAUCCAUCUCUUCACGGACGGCUCCAAAAAUCCGAAGAAGCCGAGCGACGACGCCUGGUCCGUUGUGAUCGCAGGUGACGACAACCACGGCUUGAGCUUCCAGGGAGCCAUCAUAGGGAAGCACAAGAGCGGCACCGACAUCGCCCUCAAGGACAACGCCGAGCACGAGACCACCUCCACGACCGUCGAGAUCACAGCCCUUACAUGGGCCUUCGCCUGGGUGGUACACUACAACCCCCACCUCAUCGCCACGAUAUCCACGGACUCGCUCGGCGCCCUGCAGCUCGCGAAGAGGCUCGCCUUCACCGACCACGACCCCAAGCUCGUCAGGACACUCUGCAUCCUCUACGACAUGGUCAGCAACAAGAUCGGCUUGCAGCACGUCCAUGCCCACGACUACAACCCGUGGAACGAGGUUGCCGACGCCGCCGCCAACCACGGACGCCUGCAAGAAGUUACACCUCCACAGCCAGAGUGGGCAAGCACCAUGGACGGCGCAUCCCAGCAGGACUGGGAGUUCCUGACCGACGCGGAUCCCAACACCAGGGAGGCGCACCCCGCAUUCGGACACGGCAGCCUCACAGCUAACAGGGUCGAGACGACCGCCGAGGCCCGACACUUUCACAACCCCACCGAGUCCAGCGACAAGAAGGUUCAAAUUGGAAUAAACAUCGCGACCUCCAACAUCCAGUCGGGGAGAGAGCCAAAGGAAGGAUCGAAGCGUCGAAAAGAGAAUAUCAAUAAGCUCAAUUCCACGAUGGCCUGCCUGUACGACGAGGACCUCCAUAUCAUCGGCGUCCAGGAGGCAAGGACGCCUUGGGGCGUCCGCGACGCAGGACAAGACGACGACGCCAGAUGCGCCAACGCCAACUGCUACCACAUCAUCUCCAGCGGUCACAAAGGGUUCAACUACGGCUGCGAACUGCACGUUCUACUCAGCAAGCCCUACGGCAAGAGCGGUAAAGGGGAGCUCCACUUCAAACCCGACCAAUUCACAGUCAUCGCCAAGGACCCCAGGCUCCUUAUCGUCCGCGUUGCCGCCCAUGGCUUCAACCACGUGCUUACCGUCGCCCACGCCCCGCACUCGAAGGCCCUCGCGACCGAGAAGGAUCGCUACUUGAAGAAACUCGCGGAGACCACCGAAAGGCACCAAGCGAGCAUCAUCUUCUUCGACACAAAUGCCAGGACAGGCAGCAUCACCAGCACGGCCAUCGGCGACAAGGGCUUCAAGCAAAACGAGGACCCAAACAGACACCGCCUACAUGAACUUCUCCUGACCAACCACCUGGCCACCGCCAACACCUUCGUCAGCCAUGGACCAGAGCACUACACCUGGCACUCGGGCAAGGACCCUCAUCGCAUCGACUACGUCAUCAUCCCCAAGGGCUACAUCGACUCUAUCGAAGAGUGCGCCGUGCUCUACGGCAUAGACAGCGGCCAGGACCCAGAGACCAAGGACGACCACGACCCAGUCAAGCUGCAGCUUGCCUACCAGAUCGCCUCGCCCGUCACCAAAGGAGUCCCGAAGUUAGACGAGAACAAGCUAGCCGACGAAGGACGCCGCAAAAAGUUUAGCCAAAAACUCGACGAGGUCAAACACCAGCCAUGGGACACCAACCUCAACGAGCACCUCACCAUAGUCACCGAGAAGAUCACGGAGGCUGCGCACGAGUGCUUCCGCCCCCACGGCCGCACUCCACACAAGCCCUACAUCACCAGGCGAUCCUUCGCACUCCUGCGAGUUCGCCGCUCGUUACUCAAGACGACACGGAUCGCCAAGAAAAACGGGAUUGUCAGCCACUUCGGCGGCAAGAGGCUACGCUACACGGCCAAGCUCAUAGCGAAGGAAGCUCUCCUGCCCGACCCCGCCGACGCGAAUGCCCUGGCCGAUCCCAGCGACUACGCGGAACUUGCGGUGGCCUCCAUCAUUUUCAGCACCCCCAGCCUAGCGACCUCUGUCGUGGAAACCGACGAAGUCAACACCGUGUACAGCGCCCAGCACUACUUUGACGCCCUCGUUCAAUUCCUCAGGACGUAUAAGUCGAUCCUACAGAAGUGGAUCACGACAGACCGCGACGACUUCCUCGAGAGGACCGCCGACGAGAUGGGCACAGCGAUCGACGACCACGCCCCCCGUUUAGAGGCCCUGUAUGCGAAGCGACUACAGGCCUUCGGAGGACGAAAGUCCAAGAAGCCGCCGACGCCCAUCAUCCGCACCAACGACGACGGGAAGCCCCUCACAACGAAGAGCGAGAUCGCCGACCACGCCCUGGCCUUCUACGGCAAAGUCGAGCAGGCUACAGCCACGGACGCAGACGGGGUAGCAGCCGACUACAAUAAGAGGACCCGCCACGAAGGGCCAGGACCUAAGAUCCAGAACAUAAUACCCAAGCACCAGCUCACCAGCCAGCUCGCCGCCGCCAAGCGAGGCCGCCGAGGCGGCCCCGACCAGCUCACCGACGACAUGUCCAGGGCCAGCCCUGAAGGGAUGGCUCGUCUGCUCCACCCCGUCCUGGUCAAGACCCACUUCGAGAGCACCGAGCCGAUCGCCGCCAAGGGCGGGUACUCCACUUACUCCCACAAGGGACAGGGGGCCAUGGAGCUCCAGAAACCCUACCGCGGCAUCCUGCUCAACAACAUCAUCGGCAAGAUGCACAGCGGCUUCCUCCGCUCACGCGUGAAGGGCCUGCUACCCGAGCCCCUAGAAGCAACCCAGUGCGGCGCCAGAGCCAAGAUGGCCACGGAUUUCAUCACUCACACCAGCCUCGCCUUCAUUAGCGACUGCCAAAGGAGAUCAAGAUCAUGCGGCAUCACUUUCCUGGACCUCAGGGAGGCCUGCCACUCCGUCAUCAGGGAAUUGCGCAUGCAAUUGCCAACCUCCGCCGACGAGCUUAACGAGCUCAUCGAACGAAUCGACAUCCCCGACUUCAUCAGACCAGCGCUAAAGGAACGACUUCAGCAGCCCGCCUACAACAACCAGCACAUCGACGACGAGCACCUCUGCCGCAUGAUCGCAGAUCACCACACCACCAACUGGAUGACAGCCAAGAGCGCAAGGCACUACCAGCUGCCUCGGACCAGCACCCGACCUGGAGUGCCAUACUCGGACGUAGCCUUCAACAUACACUUCGCCAGCAUGCCGAGGGCAAUCGACCAGGCAGCCCGAGAGGAAGAGGCCCACGGUCAGCAGAUAAGCGGACACGAGAUAGAGGCCUGCAGCGAGCUUCUCUCUUCACCGAACCCUCACGAAGGAAGCGCGCUCAGGAACACGUCCUUCGUCGACGACCUCACAGACAACAACCCGACCGCAAACGCCAGCGACCUGAUCAACACGACCACUCUGACAGCUGCCAGGCUCUGCACAGCGGCGUUCCAGCAUGGCCUGAAGCCACGCCCAGACAAGACCAAGGCCAUCCCCAUGCACAACGGCGCGGGGGCCAAGAAGGAGAAACAGCGGAUCGCCAAGGAGGGCAUCACAUACCUCGAAUUGGACGGAUGUUCCAUCAAGGUGCAGCUAGUAAUGCAACAGAAAGCCCUCGGCGCCAUCAUCUCGGCGGGCGGGGCCAUGGGGCCAGAAAUCUGCCUAAGGGUCAACCGCACGCUCGGUGCAGCCCGGCCUCUCGAGAAGCAGAUCCCCCGCCGCAAGAAGCUCUCGAAGAAAGCCAAGGUGAAGUACGUCCACUCUUGUUCGACCUCCUCGCUGACAUACAACCACCAUGUCUGGAGCGGCCUGGCCCAGAAAGACCUGAAGCAUAUUUCCGCCAAGCACAUGGGCCCAUACCGCGUUGCAGCCUCGCCACCCAAGACCAACUCACCCGACCAGCACAUCUCCGAAGCAGAGGCAAUCGCCAAGACAGGAGUACCCGACUUCAUCACUCACCAGUCAACAUUGCGACUACGAUACUUACCAAGACUCCCGAAUCAUGCCCCAGCAGCCCUACCCCAGCUCCUCGGCGGCCAGCGCCAACGAAAGGGCACCUGGAGCCGCCAGCUCAAGAAAGACUUCGACUUCCUACGUACGUACUUACCAAGAGAGAGGCGGCCCAGCCAAACCCAGCACGACCGCGACAUCAUCAACUGGGCCCGACUGAAGCCGAAGCUAUUCACCAACGCAGCCAAGGCAGCUUUGAAGGCCUACAUUCUCCAUAUUCGCGACCAAGCCCGGGGCGCCAAGCUCCAGAAGGACAUCCAGAUGAUCACCGCAGCUCACCCAACUGAAGAGUUGGACCUCUGCGACGACACCAACUACCAGAAGUACGUCUGCUACGCCUGCAGCCGAGUCGCCCCCAGGCAAGGCAUGUCAAUCCAUAUGGGUAGGGAUCACCCAGACCACGAAGACCCGCGCUUCUGGGCUACAGGCACCGCGCGCCGAUGCUGCCAGACCGAGCACCACUCUCUCCCGAGGCCCAUCAAGCACUUAUCGGUGGCUCACCGUUGCCGCAAAUCCUGGCAUGCCUGGCACAUCCAGACGAUGGAGCCCCUGACGGAGCAGCAUAUAGCAGAGAACCUCACCGCCAUCGCUGAGGCCACGGAGCAAGGACGACACCCAACCUUCAGCGACAAGCCAGCCCACCCGUGCGACGUCACGCCGCUGCCGCUCCUCGAGACGUCGCCCGUCGCACCUAAAGUAUUCGCCAGACUUGAGUCAUCGCCAAGCAGUCCACCCGCGAGCUCGCCUGCAGGACCAGCCGAGCGCCAAGAGGUUGUCUUCACCACCGACCGCCCCCGACAGGCCGCCGACCUCCAGCAGAUCAUGGCCAACAGCGGGAUCACGAGCAUCAGCGGCUUGGACUACAUCCAGAUCGCAAUCCACAGCGAUGGCCAGACCUCAGAACCAAUGCCAGAACUUCGGCGAGUACAAAAUAGGAUCAUACAUGGCGAGAUAGCGGCCAUCUACGUAGAGUUUCCACGACGAACCUGGUACCUACAUGACGCAAGCGAUGUUCUAGGCAGCAGAGCAAGCAUGCGGCGCACCCCCGAGGCACCAUGGGGGACGCCUCAAGUCUCCGAGACCAUCGCCGACGAGAUAUUCGCCGCCAACAGCGUCACACGAGAGGUCUUGCGUAUGCUCUACACGGCGACCACAACCUACGUCCCAUUUGUCGCAGCCAUCUCGGCGGAAUCGAUCAUCAGGCAGACUCUGUACAUCGCCAACCUGAUGACUGUCUACGGGACCCCGACAAGUCACUACGACCUCGGCGCCACACAGAUCCUCGACAACGGCACCCGCGACGACCUCCGCAACAUAAUGUCCACGGCAAACGCAGAGGAGAUCGACUUCGCCAUCGCCGACAUGCUCGACGGCAACAUAGUGGCCAGAUGGGGCCUCAGAACCGCAACCGUUGCGCCCACCAGCCAGAACCCGAACACCAAGGACGCGUACUACAUCGAACGAGAAGACGAACUCGCGAGCAAAGGAGGGGCGCUCGUCGCAAAGAAGGUCGGGAAGUACGAGUUCGGGGCCCACCUGAAGCCGUCGGACUGA